AUUUUUAAUUAUAUAAUAAAUCCUAAGAAAUGUAACACUCAUCACUACUGACAUAGGGAACCUUUCUCUUUAAAAGUUCUUAAGUUACAGAAUGUUGCGUGGUUUUAUCUCUUUGUUGCUACUUAUCUGCACACUGAACAGAGCAGCAGCUGAUCAUCUCAGCAAAGACCCACCCCCGGGGGAAUCCACGGACCCACAGCUACAAAUCGUGUACAACGACAGGCUAAGGGAGGUGAUGAGGAAAUUCAACAUCACAGAGGCAGACAUGAAUAUGAUGCUGUCAAAUUUUGUAGAGGGUGGGAAGUCCCCAACUAUAACGAAAAGCGUCCUCAAUUCUAACACCGGUCUCCAAGAGACGAUUACGUUGGAUUUCCAAGGCUUUACGAAUGAAUGGAUUUCGCAAAAAAAAAUACAAGUACAAAAUAUUCUAAAUGAAUACGAGACUGCAAUGGAGUCUACACCAAAUGCAGUUAUGGCGCGGAGAGAUUCGUCACGUGUUAUCUCAACAGGCACUUCCGGUCCAGUCGCAGAGGUAGCGCCCACACAGCAAGUCGUGUUGGAGAAUGAACCAAUAAAAAAUGACGAAGCUCAAAUGCAGGAAAAACUAGCUCAACUUGAAGAACUACGUAAUCAAAAUGCUCUACUUAAUCUAAGACUUCGUGAAGAGCAAGAAAUGUUAUCACCUUCAGCCAACGGAAUCUUACAAAGGCCUCAGACGCCACUUUCGUUUUCGACAUCGAUACCGGAAGGACGUGGGUCGUCUGCUCGCGCCCCAGAAAGUGUUCGAGAGAGGUUGCUUGCAGAAUAUCGAGCAUUGCAAAACAGAAAACGAAAUAUUUACCAGCUCUUGCAACGAUAUAAAAGAUUAUUACUUUAACACAGUAGAAUUGGUAUCUGUGCAUUUAAAACUUUGAAAAUGCGACUGGUCUGUGUUGUGAAGAUUUCUUCCAGUGAACACUUAUAAAACAAACUUUGAUCGUAAACACUGUUUCAAAAUAACUUCUUUUCACAUGCUGUCUGGCGAACUCGACAAAAUAUAACCUGCACAGGAGUAGAAGCUUGUCUAUUGAUAGACAUGUAAAAACGAAAUUCAUGCGACAAAAAGAUUUCUAACACAUUGAACCUUUUUGUUGGAGCGAUACGUGUCUCAUGUGACAGAGAAUAUAAGGAAUGUCUAUGCAUUGUGGUAAAUAUUCAUGACAUCUUGUUUGUAAUCAUGUUCGGAUAAUUGACAUCUGAUCUAAGAAUGAGAAAUGUCCUUAAAUUCAUGUAACUAAAACAUUCGUCUUUUCAAAUAACAUGAUCUUUUUUGGUAUAUUUUGUCUUGAAUAAUGGAAAAUCAUGGAACUUAUCACCAACAAUUGCUGCGACACGGGAUAUCCGUAGUUAAGGUUUCAACCGGAUGUUCGUGACUUUCAGCACUAUGCAAUGGACCAAUCACUACUGAUAUAACAAAGCGUAGAAAGAAUGACACAGAUCCCGGAAAGAACGUCGAACCCGAUCCCUUUCGGUUGGUUCACGCUUUUAUUAGCUGCAUAACUGUCGUUCUCUGCUUCAUCUGUCCGAAUUUUCUCAAGCAGAGAACUACGCUACCA